AUGGAUAAUAAUAAUAAUAAUAAUAUUUCAUUUUCUAAAGAUGCUGAGAAUUCUACCACGGUUGAUUGGAGAGGCAGACCCUCCAAUCCUAAAUAUCACGGUGGUUCUAGAGCUGCUGCUUUUGUUCUUGGACUUCAAACAUUUGAAAUAAUGGCCAUAGCUGCGGUUGGAAACAACCUCAUAACUUAUCUCAUGAACGAGAUGCACUUUUCUUUACCUGAUUCAGCAAACAUUGUCACUAACUUUGUUGGUACCAUGUUUCUCAUCACACUCCUCGGUGGUUUUCUAUCCGACUCUUUUCUUGGCACCUUUUCCACCAUCGUUAUCUUCGCCCUUAUAGAAAUUUCUGGUUUCAUGUUGCUCUCAGUACAAGCUCAUUUUCCUCAAUUGAAGCCACUACCAUGUAAUAAAGAAUUAAUAUGCAUCCCAGCAAAGGGGUUUGAGGCUUUCAUAUUCUACAUAGCAUUAUUCAUGGUGGCAUUAGGAAGUGGUUGUGUUAAACCUAACAUGAUUUCUCACGGAGCACACCAAUAUAAUCCUCAAUCCAAGAAGCUCUCAACUUACUUCAAUGCAACCUAUUUUGUAUUCUCAUUAGGUGCCCUUAUUGGUCUAACAAUUAUUGUUUGGGUUCAAACUCAUUUCGGCAUGGAUGUCGGCUUUGCUGUAUCAGCAGUCGCCAUGGUAAUGGGUUUCAUAUCAUUCAUAACCGGAACUCUAUAUUAUAACAACAAGCCUCCACAACCAACCAUCUUCGUCCCGAUUGUUCAAGUUUAUGUGGCUGCAAUUCUGAAAAGAAACAAGAAUUUUCCAUCUACCAAUAACAAUAAGUUGAGGUUUUUGGAGAAGGCUUGUAUACAACAAGAGGGGAACAACACGGAGGAAAGCUCUUGGAGAUUGUGCAGUAUUCAACAAGUUGAACAAGCAAAAAUAUUACUAUCUGUUAUUCCCAUUUUUGCAAGCACUAUCAUUUCCAACACUGUCUUGGCACAACUUCAAACAUUCUCAGUCCAGCAAGGAAGUGUCAUGGAUACACAUAUCACAAAAUCGUUUCGUAUCCCUUCAGCAUCACUUCAGGCCAUUCCAUUUGUUUUGCUCAUUCUUAUAGUCCCUCUCUAUGAUACUUUAUUUGUCCCCUUUGCAAGAAAAAUAACAGGUCGUAAGUCAGGAAUCUCACCUUUGCAGAGAAUAGGAGUUGGCUUGUUUCUGGUUACAUUUUCUAUGGUAUCGGCAGCUAUUAUGGAGAAAAAGAGAAGGGAUGCAGCUUUGAAUAUGAACCAAACUUUGUCGAUAUUUUGGAUUGCGCCACAAUUCAUUAUAUUUGGUAUGUCGGAGAUGUUUACUGCAGUUGGACUAUUUGAGUUCCUCUACACGCAAUCGUUGAAAGGGAUGCAGACAUUCCUUACCUCAAUUACAUAUUGCUCCUUCUCAUUUGGAUUUUAUACAAGCUCACUAUUGGUUUCAUUGGUGAAUAAAAUCACUUCAAGUAAAGGUGGUGAUGGUGUUGGUGGUUGGCUUCAUGACAACAAUAUCAACAAAGACAAACUUGACCUUUUCUAUUGGUUACUGGCUGCACUCAGUUUCCUCAACUUUCUGAACUAUCUCUUUUGGUCAAAAUGGUAUUCUAAUAAUAAUACAUCCCUUUCAACUAUAUCCCAGGAGGUUCACCCUCAAUCCACAAAAUCGGUAGAUGAUAAUAUUCCAUAA